GGCAGAUGUUGCUCUAAGAGAUAUUCUUGCUAAUCCUCUUCCCACUUCUACUCUGUAGCACUAAACGUUCCUCCAACUGAAACAUUUUUUCCUCGGUUAUUAUUGGAGAGCAGAAGGAGAAGUUUGUUCACACUUCUGUUGGAGAGAGCAAACAUCUUCUUUUAAUCCUGAAUAUUAUUUGAAACUCCAAUAUUAUAUGAUAUUAUUUUUGCUACUGAACAAAGUAAUGGAUGCAUUCAGAGCAUUUGAAAAUGGGUCGCUCUUGCCCAGUUACUCUGCUUCUGCCAGAUGGGAUCCCUUCCGUCGUCCCUUGGACUCCAUCCAGCCCUGGCAAUUCAGGCUUCUGGCAGCAGUAAUGUUGUUGGUGACCUCCCUGUCACUUGCUGAGAACCUGGCUGUAAUCCUGGUAACUUUUAAGUUCAAGCAGUUGAGACAACCUGUCAAUUAUAUUAUAGUCAAUUUGUCUGUGGCUGAUUUCCUGGUGUCACUGACUGGUGGUACCAUCAGCUUUUUAACAAAUCUAAAAGGUUAUUUUUUUAUGGGAUACUGGGCUUGCGUAUUGGAAGGAUUUGCUGUCACAUUUUUUGGCAUUGUAGCUCUCUGGUCUCUUGCUCUGCUGGCUUUUGAGCGGUAUGUUGUGAUCUGCUGCCUGCCGAGAAAUGCACGCUUGAGGGGGAAGCAUGCAGCUCUAGGUAUUGUCUUUGUGUGGAGUUUUUCCUUCAUUUGGACCUUUCCACCAACAACUGGUUGGAGCAGUUACACUCCCAGUAAGAUUGGAACUACUUGUGAGCCUAACUGGUACUCAGGAGCUUAUGCUGACCGUACAUACAUUAUUACGUUCUUCACCACCUGUUUUAUAGUACCCUUAUUGGUGAUUUUGGUAUCCUAUGGAAAACUGGUGUGGAAGUUAAAAAAGGUGUCAGAUGCACAAGGCAGGCUGGGAACUACCAGGAGACCUGAAAGACAAGUGACUAGAAUGGUUGUUUUUAUGAUCGUUGCCUUUCUAAUUUGCUGGAUGCCAUACGCUACCUUUUCCAUCCUAGUCACUGUAUAUCCCUCCAUUGAGCUGGAUCCUUGUCUGGCAGCACUUCCGGCCUUCUUUUCCAAAACAGCUACUGUUUAUAAUCCAAUUAUUUAUGUCUUUAUGAACAAACAGUUCAGGCAGUGUCUGAUUCAAUUGUUCAGUUGCAGUGCCAUAGGAAUUGCAGAGUCCAACAUGAACCUGACUUCAGAGAGAGCAGCGCCAACCCAGGACAGAAGAGGCAGAGAGAUGGCCCCCAUGGCAGUUCAUAGCACCAUUUCUAAGAGGAAAACUGAGGAUGAACGCAGAGCCGACAACCUUUGGCCCUUUUGACAGCUUCAGAAAACAAAAUGUGUCCCAUGUAGAGUAGGAGCUGGGAUCAUUAAUACAAUGCUACAGUGUAUUUCAUUGUUACAGUCACCAAAUAUAAAGAUUUGUUGUCACUGGGAAAGGACAUUGUGGUCCUGUGGACAUGAGCUUUUGAGGUCCCAGGCUCCUCAGGGCCUGUAAGAGCUGCUUGGCUCUAUGGGUGCAGUCAAACACCCAUCCAUAAGGUGAGUCCCUUCCUCCACUGCAUUUCUCUUCCCAAUCCACAACCAACUUGCAGCACACCGCUGUGUGUCUCUCUGCCUCCACUCCUUAAGUGCCUGUUUCUGCUUAAGUCACAUCCUCACUGCUUUAGUUGGGCUGCUGAUUCCAGAAUAAAUUAUUAACUUGUUACUACAUCUCCACUUUCAGAAACAAGGACUAUAACACAGAUACUUCUUCUGUAAACAGUGAAAACUAAUGGAAAUUCCCAGCUUUCCAUGUCUGUAUUCCAUCUCAUAUUUAAUUUGCACAGUGAAGUGCAGCAAUAUAUUUAGCUUUAGUGGAAUGUCACUUGCACAUGAAAAGUCAAACCAGGUUAUGAGUGUAAUAAAGACAGACUUCUGUUUUACAGAGUGUUGGGGAUCAUUGUAUGAAGUGUUGCUAAGAACUAAGCUUGUGCUAAGGCACAUUGGAAUUUUAAUCCUAUACAAAAUCCAUCUUUAAUUGAAUGUAUUUUAGGAGAAAAUGCAAAGGCUGACUGUAUUUAAAUGCUUUAGGAUGGAAAACCAUUAUUUCUAGAAAAGACAUUAGAACAAUGCCAGCUGGAAUAAUUGUUGCUCCAUAAUGGUAUAGAAGAAGCUACACUAGCUCCAUCCUGUAUGGGCCUUAGCUAUAGAAAUAUGAUAUGGAAUGAAUCAUCCAUGGUUCAGUUUUACUUCCAAAAAAUAGAAUUAUUUUACACAGAAUACAGAAAUUUUCUUUCUAUCAGGUUUUUUUUUCCUGCUUUCUCUUAAGUUAAUGUUUGAAAAACUAUAUUGCCUUGAAAAAGAGUGGGACUACCUGAGACACCUGUGCUCAAAGCUAGUCCCUAGGCAGUACCUUGCUGACUUGGAAGUCAAGAACCAUUCCUGCAGCAGCUGGAGAUGCUGGAGAGUCAGGAAAAGGUAAUACAGACAUCCAGCACAAAGCAUAUCCUGAAACGCUGGUAUGUUGCAGAGACUGGUUUGAGUAUGACUCGUGAGAAGGUGAGCUGUAGCUGCCUGCUGGGGUGGAAGGACAGGCAUGGAGCGUGUCCCUGAGCCACUCUGGCCUUGGCCGUCUCUUCCUGCCCCUCACAGCACUCACACCACGGACAGUCAUGGUCUUUGUUUUGUAUCUCACAAAAGCCCUUUGGACCUUUUCUACAAGGUGUCCUUUGCAGAAGAGGAGAGGUUAGGAAGCAUCAGAUCCUUUUCUGAUUAGAAGGAUGUUCAGAUUCUGUUGCCCUGAUUUCAUUUUGGGAUGGUAAGAUCCAAAGAGAGGAGUUAGACUACAAAUAAAAUCAUGAGCUGCACAUGUGAAAACUCACUGCAAAAGACUGUACACUUUUCCUAUUAAUCUCACAAAAUUUCCUGAGGUGACUGCCUUUUAGAGUGUAAUUUUGGCUUGAACUUCUGCAGGGCUCAAUCCUAAACAUCCUUAUUCUGACAGGGACAUUCUUUAAUCCUGUGUUAUCUGUAGCAGAACAAUGAACAAAUGUAUAUGCCUUUUUAAAAUGUUUUGGAAAUAAUGUGAGAUAGGAAGAGUAUGGUAUUCAGUUAUUAAUUGUGCAGCUUUUUGUGCUCAUUAGUCCGUUAAAACAGACAGAUAUGAUUUGAAAGUGAAAAUUCUUGCAUUUAAGACUCUGAUUUUCUCUUUCAAGGAUAUAUUGACCUAGGUUAAUCACAAGUUAAUGGUAUUACAUAUAUUAAAUCAUGAAGAAUUGGCAGAAGUGCUAGUGUUUAAUUAAAAGCAACAGAAUUAUUUUAUCUCUGGAGAAGGUGAGGAUAUGUAAAGUAUCACUCUGUAGUACAAAAUAAAGCAACAAUAAUAAAGUAAUUACAAAGAAAAAAACAAUGUAAAAACGCAUGGAAAUUAUGUAAAAAUGUAUGGAAAGCAGUAGAAAACAGCAAGCUGUCUCUGUACCCAUCUCUGAUAGAAGCAAAGAAUAAUAGAAUCAAUGGGUAUUUUCAUCUUAAAACGUCUUCAGUAAUGCUUUUUGGGAGGCGGAGGAUACCCUUUUUCCUACUUACUUUCCAGAAAGUACAUUUUAAAAAGUGUGAACACCUUGAUACAUUGUCAUGGUGGGCCAACCAGAAGAGUAUCAGCCUGGGAGCAAAAUAUUACAGGGCUCCUAGGAUCUAGGUUAAGUCUUUCAAUAUAACACAAUAAUUUUUUUUUUUUUAAUUACAAACAAAACUAGGGGUUCAGAGAUGUGCACAGUGAUUAAAGGGACACAUUUUUGCAGUAUGUGGUAAGAGCAUGACAUGAACAUUUGAGCAUGGGGGAAAAUAUCCAAAAUAGUUUUCAAAAAUAAUUUCAGUAAGGCAUAAAAUACUGAGGUUCGAAAGUACAUUGUGCAAGUUAUUUUUCAUAGCCUCAAAUUUAGAAAAAGGAUACAUUUUAAAGGUCAUAAGAUCAGCUCACCUCAUCACCUACUUGCAGGUAUGAUGGUGAAAGCUCAGACACUGAAUGUCUUUACAAACUUUACAAAAUGUUCGUGUUCUUGCUUUGACAACAAACAACACAGCUUCUCUGGGGCUUCCUUACUGCUUUUGGAAGAUACAAAUGUCUUAACAUACAGAUUUUG